AUGAUCGGCAAGGGCGGAUUCUCGGACAUCUACAAAGCAUUUGAUCUGGAGCUUAUGUGCUUCUGCGCCAUCAAGCUCAACGAGAUAGAGACAAAGAUGUCUGACUCCAUGCGAGCAGACAUGGUGCGGUGGGCCGUGAGGGAAACUGAUAUACAGAAGACCCUGCAACACCCUCGCAUCGUCCAGAUGCGUGAAUGCUUCCCUUUGGACAGUCACGUCUUCGUCCUCGUUCUGGAGCUGUGUGAAGGUGAGACACUAGAUACACGCUUGAAAGCAAACGGCCCUCUGCCUGAGAAAGAGGCGAAAGCUAUCGUGGUUCAGAUCCUGAGCGGGCUGCGCUACUUGAACAUCUGCGGUCGAAAGAUCAUCCAUUAUGACAUCAAGCCCUCCAAUGUGUUCUAUCAUGCUGGGCAGGUCAAGAUUGGCGAUUUCGGUUUGUCCAAGAUGGCAGACACCAGUCCGGAGGGUAUCAUCGAGCUGUCGACUCGGGGCGCCGGCACAUCCUGGUAUCUUCCACCCGAAU